CCUGCCCAUCGUGGGAGGGAGCACGGGAGCUGCGCUCCCUGCUCGCACGCUGCGGUGCGAUGCCUGGGCUGUCCCGGGCAUCCGUCCGCCCGGGUCCCGUCCCGCGUCUGCCGAGCGGCGGAGCGGGCCGGGCCGCCGCGGGUGUGCUGCGGGGCUCUGCUGCGACACGGCGCUAGCGACACAACGGAGACUUGCCCGCAGGACAGAAAACGGGGCCGCCCCCACGCCCAACAAAUUCCUGCGUGUGUGAGGAUGCCUCUGGCUUGGCUAAGCGUUGGCAGGAGCGCAGCCGUAACAUUGCACAGCACGCAUGCCUUCCCCAGAGCAACCGGGAUUCCCCCUCCUCUCCUCUCCAGAGCCCGAUCUUGAAAGAGCUGGCUCAUCCCUGCUGUCAGAUGAAGCCGUUUCCUGAACGCGCGGGUUUGAGUCACUUGGGCUGGAUGAGGCUUUAACUCCUCCCUCGCCGGGCUCGAAUUUGUGCCCAGCCGGAGCACCGGGGAGCCGGGGGUGGGGCGGCGCCGGCCGUGCCCGCUGGCCCCGGCGCGGUGGCACCGGCGGGGCCCGGAGCGGAGCCGAGGCGGGCGGGGAGCGGCGGCGGAGAAGUUCAAGUGCCCAAGUUGCAGGCGAUGACAUCAGCGCGGGCAGGCCGGGCUGGGGCGGGAUCGGCACCGGCGCCGGGGCAGCGGCACACGCGUGCCGGGCUCCCCGCACCCCGCCCCGCGGCCGCCCCGGGGGUCUCCGGCGCGCCGAGGUCGUCACAGAAACCCCACAUUUCCUUUAACAGUCCCCAUAGCAGGGGCUACGUGACAGGUAGGGUACGGCCGCCCCUGACGCCGCCGGCACCCCGGGCGCCCAGCCGCAGGCUGCAGAGGGUCGGCGGAGGCACAGAACUAACUCUCAAGAGGCAAUCCCCAUUUAAAAUGCCAUCUUGUUCUUCCGACUGCUGCCUUUUACGUGCCGUUGAGGAUGUAAAAGUCUUUAGUGAAGAUGGAACAAGCAAAGUGGUCGAGAUUCUAGCAGACAUGACAGCCAGGGACCUCUGUCAGCUGCUCGUUUACAAAAGUCAUUGUGUGGAUGAUAACAGCUGGACUCUAGUGGAGCAUCACCCUCACCUAGGAUUAGAGAGGUGCUUGGAAGAUCAUGAGCUCAUAGUUCAAGUUGAAUCCACAAUGGGAAGUGAAAGUAAAUUUUUGUUCAGGAAGAAUUACGCAAAAUACGAAUUUUUCAAAAAUCCCAUGAAUUUCUUUCCAGAACAAAUGGUUGCCUGGUGCCAGCAAACAAAUGGCAGUAUCCCACAGUCACAACUUUUGCAGAACUUCUUAAACUCCAGUAGCUGCCCUGAAAUUCAAGGUUUCUUGCAUGUGAAAGAGCUGGGUAGGAAAUCAUGGAAGAAACUGUUUAUGUGUUUGAGGAGAUCAGGACUGUAUUGUUCUACAAAAGGAACUUCAAAGGAGCCAAGACAUUUGCAAUUGUUGGCUGACCUAGAAGACAGCAAUAUCUUCUCGUUGAUAGCAGGCAAGAAGUUGUACAAUGCCCCUGCAGAAUAUGGAUUUUGUAUAAAGCCAAACAGAGUGAGAAAUGAAACCAAGGAACUGCGGUUGUUGUGUGCUGAAGACGAGCAAAGCAGGACGUGCUGGAUGACUGCCUUUCGACUCCUCAAGUAUGGAAUGCUACUGUAUCAGAAUUACAGAAUUCCCCAGCAGCGAAAAGCCAUGCUUCCACACUUUUCCACUCCAGUAAGAAGUGUAUCUGAAAACUCACUAGUAGCAAUGGAUUUUUCGGGGCAAAUAGGAAGAGUUAUUGAAAAUCCUGCUGAAGCACAGAGUGCUGCCUUGGAAGAAGGACAUGCUUGGAGGAAACGUAGCACAAGAAUGAACAUCUUGGGUAGCCAAAGUCCACUCCAUCCUUCCACACUGAGUACAGUUAUUCAUAGGACACAGCACUGGUUUCACGGCAGAAUCUCUAGAGAAGAAUCUCACAGGAUUAUUAAGCAACAAGGGCUUGUAGAUGGAUUAUUUCUUCUCCGGGACAGCCAAAGCAAUCCAAAGGCAUUUGUACUUACAUUAUGCCAUCAUCAAAAAAUAAAGCAUUUUCAAAUCUUGCCGUGUGAAGAUGAUGGACAGAUAUUUUUCAGUCUGGAUGAUGGGAACACCAAAUUCAGUGAUCUAAUCCAGCUUGUUGAAUUCUAUCAACUAAACAAAGGAGUCUUGCCCUGCAAACUCAAACACCACUGCAUCCGAGUGGCCUUAUGACCUCAAAUCUGACUCUCACUGAAGACUGGAUUUGAUAGAAGAGUAAUUGUAAGAGAACGUUGACACUGGGGAAUUGGCAGAUCUGUAAGUUGGUUAAAAAAAUAAAUAUUAUGCACCUUGGGACUCUGAAAGGGAUGGAUUCGACAGGUGCCAACAGACCAAGAUUGCUGGUUUGUCUAACACCUAAGAGUGAUUGCUGCUGAGUGUCCCAGCAUCCCAAAAAUGGGGGGAGGGUCUGUAAAACAAUGAGUAAAUUUGAAACAAAACUGGAAACUAUCUUGGCUGGGCCACUUAACAGGAACAAGUGUGAAGAGAAAUCUUUGAAAAGAACUCUUGCCCUGGAAUAAUCUUGACAAUUAAGACUAGUGUGUUUACUUUUUGUAUUGAUCACUUUUUUUGCACUCCUACUUUGUUUUGGAUAUUGUAUGCAGCCUAUAUUAGGAGCUGAUGUGGCUUUUAAAAUUCAUGCAGGAGUUGGGUAUUAAUCUGCACCCUAAAAUGUAUGGAAUGCUUCAGCCUAAAAGGAUCUAGAAGAAAAUCAAGAAGUGUGUGUGUGUGUGUGUGUGCGUGCGCGCGUAUGUCUCAGUACUUCUCUGGAGACCUGAGGUUCAGUGAUCUGCAGAUGUCUUUGAAGAAGCAAUGAGGAUACAAUUCUAAAAGAACAUACCACCAAUAUACAUACUCUUAAAACUGUUGACUUGUAGCAUUAUGGCUGUAGUAUGUUGAUGGCAUAUUAGUGGCAUCCAGUCAUGCAGAGACUGUAUUAGAUUCUAUGCACAAAUUUUUAUUAUUGGAAUGGUGGUUUGUUUUUUACAGCCUUUUGACUGUUUUCCUGAGGAAACUUACUGUUACUAAAUAGAGUAGGACUGAAUGACUACACUUGUAUUUGAAACCACCAUUUUUUUGUGAGAAGAUUCUUCUGCAGGUAGUCUUAGUAUGACAAAAAAAAAAUAAAACCAGUGUUUUUAGCUUUAUAGCUCCUUGAAUUUUCAGACUGUUUCAAAGAGCUCUUUCAGUACAGUAAAGCUACAGUGACACAACGCUCUCCUGGGGAUAGGGCAUAAGAACAGAACCCCUUCUGCUUUUUGUAGGGCCAUGAAAGUUUUCGUGGUGAGAAGGAACAUGCUGGGAAUAGAAACAGAUUUGAUUGUGAAGUAGCUGCUGGCAGUAUCAUCCACUGAGGUAACUGGUGAUCCCUGUGUCAUGUGUGCUGCUGCACGCCAAUACCUGUGGCAGACAAGCAUGUAUCUUGCUCUGGUGCUGGUUUGUCAUCAGAAUUACUUUAUUGUUAAUGUUUUAAAGGAAUUGUUUAAUGUUUACACAAUAACUCCUUCUGAUGAUAAACCAGUAUUAAAGUCAGAUAAGUCCCACCUUGAUCCUGCAGUUGCAACAAACCAUUCCUUCAGCAACUGCCUGAACUGAAGUAACCUCCCAAAUGCUUGGUGCCAUUAGCAAUAGUGAGAAGUAUUCCACCCUGGGAACUUGCAGAGUGUAGUGCAGAACAGAGCAUUUGUAAAAUGGUAAAUUAUUUACACAGGCUAGUUAAUCCUUAAUAUUUGCCACUGGGUUUGAAAUCCUAGCCAUCUGAAAGGGUAAAGAAGGAAAACCAAUCCUACACUUUUAGGUCUUCAUGUAGUGUUAAGAAUAGCUUAAGACAAACCAUAACCUGCCUGAGUCGUCCAUAUCAGUUUAAACUAUGUCAAUGGUAUAGAAACACUGUAUUUUAGUUUACAGAACACAUUUAGUAUUUUUUUCCAUUUAAUGUCUAGAUACUAAAAAUGAAGAAACUUGAUUUUGUUUUUAGUAGAAGCCUUUUUUGUUUUUUGUUUUGUUUUGUUUUGCUUUUUUUAAUUGUACAUAGUGAAAUGAGUGUUCCUGCUUUCUAGACAAUGUAUUUUAAAACCUUGAAAUUAAGCUAACUUAAGUCUGACUUCACUUUGCAUGCAUCUAUUUGGCCCCUAUUAGGAGAAAAAAGAUACUUGUAUUGACUACAUUACCAGUUUAAUAAGACCAUUUAUGCUGUAGUUUUAAGUUUUUCUGUUUACAUAGCUUAGUGACAACCAUGCAUUUUUCCCAGUAGGCGGAUAGUAUUUGCAGUGUUUCAUAUUUAUAAAAAAAAACUUUGCAUCUUAUUUAAAUUGAGAAUAAAAGUUUGACUAUGAACCAUGAUUUUUGUAUGUAGAUGGUUGACUUAGUAUUUUGUACUCUUCCCAGCUAAAGUGAGCUGUUUUGAGAAAGUGACCACCUUCAAAGUGGCAACAAUCUUACUUAAGCAGAUCACUGCUUUGUCUUCUUUCUGCUGGAAAACAGUCAAUGCCACCUUAGUUUUCCAACAGAUUCAGCUGGCUGCCAGCUCAGAAUACCAAGGACUGAAGGACAUUUGACUCUUAUUUUUGUAUUUAAAUGACAUGAAUGUAAAGGGGAUGCUCAGGGUUGUUUUGGAGCCUGUUGAAUUUUUAUCUUUUUGCCUGUGAUUUUAUUUUCUAAAUAAAUACUUCAUGUAGCAAUCUUGAAUAUGUUGAGAAGGAAAAUGCCAAACCAUUUUGGUAAUGAGGUUACUAGUUAAGUUAUGUUACGAUAGGUGUUAAAAGUACAAAAAACUUUUUAUUUGUUAAUUAAUCUUGAAGAAACACGUGCCUCAGUUUAGAUGUUUUGUCUUAUCUUUUCUGCACUAAAUACCUGACAGUUUGACCAAUCAAUGCACCUUUCCAGUGGCAAGACUUGCUUAUCGUAAAUUAUAUUGUCACAAUGCAAGAUUUAGUGACUGUAAAAUGGAAUAAAGUUUAAAGUUUCAGGGAAUGCAAAAGGUAUUAACUUAAGAGACAAAACCUUUAUUCAAUAUGCUUUGCUUCAUACUGUAAAUAGCUUUUUGGCUUGUGAACCUAAUUGUAAUCUUUCAGGUAUUUUUGUACAAAUAAGGGACUGAUAUUCUGUUUCUUGUAAUUAGAAAUAAACGUUAAUACAAUGCUAUUCAUUUUA